AAAGAAAUCCAGACGAUGCAUCUGCUUUCGCAAUGCUUGGUUAUUUGAAUGAGUGUCUGCACCUAAAAAGGCAGGCAGCAGACGCCUAUGAGAGGGCAGCUUCAUUGCUGAAAAACUCUGAGGAUACUGAGAAAUACAACAUAGCAAUGCAAAACUACGGCAGGUCACUGUGUGCCCUUGGUGAGUGUGAUAAGGCCAUCGAGGUUUACACAUCAACGCCCCUGACUGAGUUUGAUGGCAUUGUGGGGAUAGCAUUAGCCUACUUCAAGAAAGGACUCUUUCAAGAAAGUAUCAAAGCCUAUGAAAAAGCCUUGUCUGUUGCUGGGUCUGAAGAAGAUAAAGCACAUAUCCUGACUGCAUUGGCAAUAAUAGAGUAUAAGCAGAACAAAGUGGAUGCUGCAAAGACACUGCUGUUUAAAUGCUCCUUGAAGGAACCUACUAUAGAAAGUCUGAAGGCUUUGUGCACACUCGGACUGGUAAAGCAGGAUGCUACACUUGCAACGGCAGCCCUAAAAGAAUUACUGAAGCAUGAAAAAGCCAAAGAUGAGAUUUAUGACAGGUGCCUUAUUGCAUCUGCUGUUUAUGCAUUGCAAGGUAGAAGUGUGGCAGCCCAGAGAGAAGUCUCCAAAGCAAUACAUAGUAACCCUGAUAAUCCUGCCCUCUGGUCUCUUUUGUCUCGACUUCUUCCACUGUGUGCAUCACAAAAGGCAAAAGGCGGAGCUGUGGCAGGAGGCGUCGCAUAUGCACGUGAUGUAAACCAUGGAAAGGAGGUUCUGCUGAAUAUUGCAGUUAAUCAGUUGGCAGCAGGAUGUCACAUGCUAGAAGAUGAGAAAAACAAUCCUCUGAAAAAUAUUCAGAAGGCAAUCCACCUCUGUCCAGAUAAUCCUGCUGCCUGGGCAGUGCUAAUGGCAGCCUGUCAUGCUGAAAACACUGUUGUCUGUCUCAACAACACUCAGCCAAAGCGAACGGGUCUGGAGAUGACACUUGUAUCUACAGUUUCAGCCAAAACUGGAGAAAAUAACCUUCCACAUAAUUAUAUCCAGACUCUUGAAGACUGGUGUCUAUGUCAAACUAUUACAAGUCUAGAGGAGACUGGUAAACUCUCAGAAGCUGAAGCUCUUUGUACCAAGGGUUUAAAAAGCUGCCCUGAGCACCCAGCUCUGUUUUUGCUUCUGAGACAAGUUCAGUGUAAGCAGCUGUUGCAGUCUCACAAAGAACUUCCAGACACCAUCCUGGAGGAGCUUCGCAAGACAGUCAUGAGCAGCUCCACCUCAGUUGCAGCCUGGCAAUGGCUGGCAAAAGUAUAUCAGUCUCAAAGGAUGAUGGUUGGAGCAGAGAUGUGUUACAGAAAGAGUCUGCAGUUGGCGUCACAGCAGGGCAGCUGGAACGGGAAGCUAUCCAGUCUGCUCAGGCUAGCUAUGCUCGCCCUGGAAAUCUGCAUGGCUAAUGUCUCAGAUGAGCACUGGCCAUCCUUGGUUCAGGAGGCAACAACUGAAGCUUUGAAACUUUCUUCUUGCCCCCUGGCAGCUCUCCUACAAGCACUGCUGCAGUAUCAUCGCAAAAUGGGAGCGAGGGAGACUCGUCGAAUGUUGAAAGAGAGGAAAAUGGUGUAUCAACCGGGGAAUCCAGAAACCAUAGCGUCAGUGGCACGCUGGUACCUCCUGCAACAUCUGUAUGCCAAAGAUGAUUGUGAAUUAAUAGAUGUGCUUAUAGAAAAUGCCAAAGCUAAUGGAGAUGUUAGAACUCUGGAACUGCAUGAGAAAUUGUCAGCAAGUGCCUAG